AUGUUAAAGGAAAAUGCAAGUGCGGUGGCAGCUGGUGGAGGAACUAUAAGCCAUGAUGUUAAUGGCGCCAACAAUAUAAAAUGUGAGGCAGUUGAUAUUAAAGAGGAAAUGAAAGAUGUUUUACCUAAAGGAAAAGAUAGUAAUGGAGGCCCAACUGCUAACACUAAAGCUUCACCAAGUACUCUCACUAAUGGCAGCAACACGGAUGCUCAAAUAAAAACUGAAGAGUUGCCACUAAAGAUAAAACAAGAGAACACUGAAAGUGCUGAAAAUAUUGGUCGAUCUCCUGCCUCGAGUGAUCUGCCUCGAACUCCCUCAACUGCUGUGGGUCCACAAACGACCCAGACGCCAACCAAUGUCUCUCAGAGUCAGUGUGCAACAUCGGGGGUAUCCCAGACACAAAUGGUCGGUGGUAAUUCAAAAGCCCUACCUUCACAAGCGAACUGUACAAAUCCCACACAGGGUCCUCUCCACCCUCAAGGAAUGCCAGGCUGUGGGCCUGGUCAGGGACCCCCCUUAGGUCAAACCCCUCCACAGUCUGCACAAGGGAUGCCCCCCUAUCCAGGUAUGAUGUCUCCAAAUCACCAACAACCACCCCAGCAACCUCCACAGUCUGGGGGUCCCAUUGAUGCACAUUUCAUGCAGCAGCACAGUCAGAUUUUUGUUUUUAAUACAAGUUUAGCUAAUCAAGCAGCAGAUUCAUAUCGCCAGGGUCAACACAAGUCUAUUUUGGCAUUUCAUAUGGACCAGCCAGGCACUAAGCAGUUUUUACAGAAAUUUCCUCCUAAAGGAGGUCCAUUUAAUCGGAACCCUGGUGGUGUCCCAAUGUUUAGCAUGAAUGUCCGGCAACCAAAUAUGUGCCGCAUAAAGAACUCUAAUAUGGCCAACAUGGGCCCAAAUCCUAAUUCAGCUGUUGCCCAGUGGGUGCAGCAGCAGAAUGCCAAUCUCCAGGAACAGGAAUAUAUGAACUUUCCAAACAACCCCAAUAACCCUAAUAUGAUGCCCCAGGGCCAAGGUGGGGGCAUGAUACCUUGGCAAGUUUCUCCUGGCCACUCCUCGCAGGGACAAAUGGGAAACAACUUUCCAGCAUUACCAGACAAUCCGGGAUUUGAUCCUGAGCCAUAUCGCAUGUGUGGUAAAGGCUAUAGAAAUUUAUUACAGAAUAAAGUUCCUGAUGAUAAGUUGACUCCUGAACAAUUGCAGAAACGGGAAGAGUCACUAGCUUCUCUGCAGAAACUACAGCUUCUUCUUUUUCCAGAAGAACUGAAACAGCAGCGAGGCUUCCCUCCUGGGGCAAAUAUGAUGCCCCCCGAAGGAAUGCAGCAACCCCCUAAUAUGUUUCCCCACAGUAUGUCACCCCAUGAAAUGUCCCCACAGUCUGCAAUGAUGCAACAACAACAACAGCAACAGCAGCAACAGGGUAUGAUGGCACAACAGCCGAUGCCCCCACAACAUAUGAUGUCACAUCAUCAGUUCAUGAUGCAGCAACAGCAGCAGCAGCAGGGUAUGCCCCCACAAUUCAGUCCACAGCCAGGAAACAUGGAGAAUAUUUCCACAGCCCAACGUGAAUGGGUACGUCUUCAACAAGAAUUUUAUGCAGAAAAACGACGAAUACAAAUGGCUCACCAAUUGAACUCUGGUAUGGAAAUACCCCCCAACUCAAUGCAUGCUUCACCACCAUCUUACUAUAGUUCGAUUUCUCAAAAACGGCAAGGGGUUGCUGGAAUGAAUGCAUCUACCUCACCUAAUAUGAAUGGCCCGAUGUUGUCACCUUCAAUACCUGGACACGGUCAUCCAGAAUCUCCUGACCCAAUGCAUUUAUUUUCUGGUCCUCGACGACCGCCAUCUUUAAGCUCCCUAGAGCAGGCUGGACUUGGUCGGAUGGGUCACGGCUUUUCUCCCUCUGGACUUCCACCAUCUGGAAACAUGGAGCCUCCUGGUGUUCAUGGACCACACCCAGGCCCGCCCAUGUCUCCAGGUGGUAUGAACUCCCAGUUUAAUAUGCCCCCAUCAGCAAAACAAAAUUCUAACCUUACUUUGCAGAGAGCUGGUAACCCUGAGCAGUUUCAGCCUGAUAUGAGUGUGGGCCCAAACUCAAAUAACAAACCCCCACCCAGCUAUGCACAGUCGACGAAAAGGAAACGUGAAGAUAUGGAAGAAAUAUACAAAAACCUUCAACCAACCCCAUCACCCCAACAACUGAAUUACCUCAAUGCGUUUGAGGGUCAGGAAUUAACGAUAACAAAGCAGCUGAAUACUGCUUAUCGGGAACCCGGGCCCCCUGGAAACCAGCCACCAAACACAUCCUCACAACAGCAGCAACAGGGGUCAGCAGGUGGACAACAGCAGCAGCAACAGCAGCAACAACAAAAUGUACCGAGCCAUCCAGGUACCCCAUCACAACAUCAGCAACCAGGUACACCUGGAUCUCAGUCACAGCAGCCCCAAGGUAUGACACAGCAGCAGCAGCAGGCUAUGCCUUCACAACAACAAUCACAGCAGCAGGGAUUACCUCCACCUCAACAACCAGGCAUGCCUCCACAUGGUAUGUCGCCACAGCAUCAACCUGGUAUACCUCCACAUGGUAUGUCUCCAGGCAUGCCUCCACAUGGUAUGUCACCACAACAUCAACCUGGCAUGCCUCCGCAUGGUAUGUCUCCAGGCAUGCCUCCACAUGGUAUGUCACCACAACAUCAACCUGGUAUGCCUCCACAUGGCAUGUCGCCACAGCAUCAGCCUGGUAUGCCUCCGCAUGGCAUGUCGCCGCAGCAUCAGCCUGGUAUGCCUCCACACGGAAUGUCGCCACAACAUCAGCCUGGUAUGCCUCCACACGGUAUGUCUCCACAGCAUCAGCCUGGUAUGCCUCCACAUGGUAUGUCUCCACAGCAUCAGCCUGGUAUGCCUCCACAUGGUAUGUCUCCAGGCAUGCCACCACACGGUAUGUCCCCACAACAUCAGCCUGGCAUGCCACCACAUGGUAUGUCUCCUCAACAUCAGGGUAUGCACCCUCAACCAGGUAUGCCUCCUCAUAGUAUUACCCAGGGUAUGCCACCACACAGUAUGAACCAGCAAGGUAUUCCUCCGCAGCAGCAAAGCAUGCAUCCUCAUGGAAUGCCUCCCCAGCAGCAGCAGCAGGCAGGGAUGCCCCCACAAAAACAAGGUAUACCACCACAGAGUAUGCCUCCAUCUCAACAACCACCACCCCAACAACAAGGCAUGCCUUCAUCACAACCACAACAACCUGCAUUACCUAAUGAAAACCAGAGCAAUAAUUUUCCUCACAGCCAGGUGAAUUCUCCGAUGCAUAUUGGACCUGGUUCAAAUAAAGGGCCGAUGUCUAAUUCAAGUCAGUCGUCCAGUGUCGGCCCUAUGUCCAGUCCAGGGCCGCUGUCAGGGCCAUCGCCAAUGUCCAGUGGUUUACGUUUGUCCCAUUAUGACCCACCUUCAAUGAGUUGUAAUUCAAACAUAUCAAGUGGGGGGACAAGUACAUCCAGCAGUGUAUGUUCGUCCACGAGCUCGUCCAAGACAAGCAACAUGACAAAUAUCACAUCAGCCAGUCUGGCGAACCUUGCAAAGGGAGUCGAACACUUGUCUCAUCAGAUGCAGCAAAACAUGAUGCAAGGUGGACCAUUCCACAGUAUACAGAUACAAGGUAAUGUUAGCAGUCAGCAGAAUUCAACAAACAAUCCACAACAAGGAUUGACAACACAAUCUAACAGCAACAACAAUAAUAUGGCUGUUUCUCAAAGUCAGUGUCACAGUCCAAUGCCUCCAGGCCAAAGUGUGCGGUCAGGCCAGGGUCCAAUGACACCAGAUUCAAUGACCCAAGGUCCAAUGCCUGGCCCUAACAACUCCUUCAUGAAUGCUAACAUGCCACCAAUGCAACAGCUUAAUAUUGAUGGACCCAGUUAUAGUCCCUCCAUGCAAGUACCGCCAGAAGCUGCCCAGAUGGGUAUGGGGCAGGUGCCUGGGCCGAGGCCACCUGGACCUCUACCGCCACAACAAGGUUGUCCUGGUCCAGUACCAACCUCUGUCAGCCAAAACCAAUCCAUGUUGCCCAAUGUUGGGCCCCAUCCAAAUCCAGGUAAACAGACAAAUGCAAAACCUGGAAAUCCUACAAACCCAAUGGUCAAUCCAAACUCUCGCAUGACCCAUUCACCAGGCUUCUCUUCCAAUUCUGUGGGCAAUGCUAACAUUCAGAUCCAAGCAAAAACACCUAACACUAUUCAGUACUUACCUGCACAGCCUGUUCAGAAUUCCCAAAAUAUGAAUGCAAAACAUCAAAGGCCUGAUUUGGACUUCAUGCAAAAACUUACCUCCCCUGGCCACACUUUAGACUGCAAACCACCACAAGCAAAAAUGCCACGUUUUGCUGGACCUUCUUUACCAGAAAUGAGGCCUGGUAUGCCUAACCAUUCAGGUGGUAUGCCACCCUCAAUGAUGAUGCAAAACCCCAAUCCAAACAUGCCAGGAAACAUGCCUGGGCCUGGUAUGGGUAGUCCUGUUCAUAUGUCCCCAAUGAAUAAUCCCAUGGGAGGUCUCCCUAGUAAUAUGGGUCCGUGUGAUAUGAUAGGUCCAGGCCCAAUGCCCAGCAUGGGGCCAAUGAAUGGUAUGAAUCCAGGUGGUGGUAAUAUGUGUGGCAGUCUUCCCCCACAUGGAAUGGAUGGAAACUUGCCCCCCCACAGUAUGCACCCUCAGUUCAACCCACAAAUGAUGGGGGGUGGACCACCAGGAAUGAUAAAUAAUGGGAUGAUGCAGAGUCAACAGAUGAUGCAAGGUCCUGGGCCUGGCCCUGGAAUGCACCCAGGCAUGCCAAUGCAAGGUAUGCCCCACCCAUCCAUGCAGCGUGGUCCACGUGUGCCUGGGCCACCUCCCAAUGGUCCACCUCAGGGUUCUGGCUCUAACCCUGUCAGUCCAGCUGGAUUCAACCAACAGUUUCAACAAUUCCAGCAACAGCUUUAUUCUCAGAACCGACCUCGUCAGAUUUCUCCAAUGGGCAAUAUGAUGCCAAGUCCUGACCAAUUUCUUUUUCUUUCCCCCAGCCUCUCCAUGUUUAUUUUUUAUUUGAUGUUUUGUCCAUCUGCUCAUUUUCUUCAAGCUACGAGCAAAGGUGAGGUUGUGGCUUGGUGGAUCAUCAGACUGUGGCAGCUGACCCCACCCCUCUCCACAGAAAAAAAAGAAACAAAAACUUUUCUCUCUCUAUCUUUCCUUCUCUGA